UCUUCAUCAGAUAUCUCCGGAUUCCCCCGGCGGGAGGCAGCUCCAAUUUCUCCGGCUGCCGUUUGGCCUCUGCAAUGCUAUUUACACCCUCUUCAUCUGCGGCCAUCGCUCUUAUUUAUACUCCCCCUGCUCCGUUUGACAUCCGACUCUCGAGUACAAAAUUUGAAUCCUUGAAGAAGAAGAUUGACAGCAGCAGCAAACCGUAUCCUCCCGAAAGCGCUCCACUUCUUUCCAUCGAGCUUCUUCCCUUGAAAACCCAUAAUCGUGAUGUCUCAAAAUUAAGCGUACCAUCUUCAGUAAAUCCGAGCGGUAGCAGCCGUGAAGAAGUGGACCUUGCAUCAAAGCUUCGGUCUUGCUUUACGGAGAAAGAUGUUAGACGAUUGCAUACAUUUGUAUAUAAGCAUCCUCAGAAUUAUUUAAGCACUUACGUGGGGAAUAACUUGAUCAGUUCCUAUGCAAGACUUGGCAAAUUGAUCGAAGCCCGGAAGGUAUUCGACGAAAUGUCUCUAAAGAAUGUAGUCUCCUGGACAGCUAUCCUUAAUGCGUACUUAAGUUUUGGAUUAGACAUCGAAGCUCUAUCAGUCUUCAGGGAUUUCGUAGCAAGUGGAAUCCAACCCAAUUGUAAGACAUUUGUAUGUGCAAUGAACUUGUGUUCAAGUAGAUUGGAUUAUGAGCUAGGAAAACAAAUUCACGCCAGUAUCAUAAAAUCUAAAGUUAAUAAUUUAGUUGUAGAUAGUGCAAUUGUUUAUUUCUACGCACAAUGCUGCGAUCUUUCGAGUGCAUCUUGUGUGUUCGAUAGAAUGCCUGCUUAUGAUGUAAUUAGUUGGACAACGAUGAUUACUGCUUAUUCACAACAGGGUCUAGGGAAUAAGGCGUUUUCUGUCUUCACUAGGAUGGUUUCUGAAGGGUAUGUUGCGAAUGAAUUUACAGUUUGUAGUGUUCUCAAUGCUUGUGGGGAUGAAGAGGCCAUUGGAUUGGGGAAACAAUUACAUGGUGCUAUAGUUAAGAAGACAGUGAAAAAUGAUGUCUUUAUAGGAACUUCGCUUGUCGAUAUGUAUGCAAAAUGUGGGGAUAUUGUUAAUUGUAGGAAAGUUUUUGAUGGAAUGAUUAAUAGGAACACGGUCACAUGGACUGCUAUUAUAGCAGGGUAUGCUAGAAACGGGUAUGGUGAGGAAGCUGUAAAUUUGUUUCGGAUAAUGAGACGACGAAAUCUAUUUGUUAAUAAUUUGACAAUGGUGAGCAUACUCAAGGCAUGUGGGUCAGUUAGAGCUCUAAUGCUUGGUAAAGAAGUGCAUGCUCAAUUACUGAAGAAAUUUGGUCAGUUUGAUAUUUAUAUUGGAAGUUCUCUUGUGUGGAUGUAUUGUAAAUGCGAUAAAUCUUCCAUAGCUUCUAAUGUUCUUCAACAAAUGCCUCUUAAAGAUGUUGUGUCGUGGACAACAAUGAUAUCCGGUUGCUGCGCUCAUUUGGGUCAUGAAUCUGAGGCUCUUGAAUUUCUCAAGGAAAUGUUGGGGGAAGGGAUGGAACCGAAUCAUUUUACUUAUUCUUCUGCAUUGAAAGCUUGUGCUAGGCUUGAAAACGUUGAGCAAGGGAGAUUGAUUCAUUGCUCGGUUAAGAAGACUGCAGCGAUGUCAAAUGUAUUUGUGGCUAGUGCUUUGAUUUUCAUGUAUACGAAAUGCGGGUAUGUUUCGGAUGCAGUCCAAGUGUUUGAUAGUAUGCCGGAGAGGAAUUUGGUGGCUUGGAAGGCUAUGAUUGUUGGUUAUGCGAGAAAUGGUUUAUGUCAGGAAGCUCUUAAGUUGUUGUAUCGAAUGAAGGAAGAAGGUGUUAAAAUAGACGAUUGUGUUCAUAUGGAAGUUCUCGCAGCUUGUGGAAAUUAUUAUCCUAUGGCUAGUCGUCAAGUACUUGAUCAAGAUGUUAAUGUUCCUUAGGAAACGUAAAAUGUUUCAUAUGGUUACUAAUAUCCUUCUUUGUUUUAGAUGAUAUUGUACUUAUCCAA